AUGGUUCCUGCACCACCGGUGACCGGUCGAGUUUAUACUUUAGAUCGCCAACAGUCAUAUAGAGCUUUGAACCUUGUUAGAGGUAUUAUUUACGUUAGUGGUUAUGACAUUGAUGUGUUGUUUGACUCUGGGGCUACGUAUUCUUUUAUUGCGGGUCCUAUUGUUGUGGGGCUAAACUUGCCCAUGUCUGAGCUUUCUCCACCUUUGAGGGUUACUACUACCACUAGGGACAAGUGUGAUGCUUCAUCUAUUUAUCAAGAUGUAGCAUUUCAGUUGGAUGGCCGAGAUUACUUAGCCGAUCUCUUUUGUCUAUCCACGGUCAACCUUGAGAUCAUCGUGGGCAUGUACUGUCUGUCCAAAAAUUAUAAGAUGAUUGAUUGCUGUGCAAAGAAGGUGGUGAUGUCUCCUUGUGAUGCCAAUGCGAGUUCUUCUCCCUAUUUGUCAGUGCUUCAGACUAGAAAGGCCUUGAAGGAAAGAGCGUAUGGAUAUGUCAUGUUGGGAGGUUUGGUGAGUAGGACACAGGAAGAUAUUACCAGUAUUCUUGUGGUAAGAGAGUUCAUCGAGGUGUUUCUUGAAGAGAUUCCUAAACUUCCACCACAUCGGGAGAUAGAGUUCUCUAUUGACUUAGUGUCUAGUGCGGGGCCUAUUUUAUUAGCUCCAUAA